CCUUGGGAAUUACCGCCGCCAGUAACCUCGACGCGAUCCUAAACGGCGAAUAUAAAUACAUGACCUUCUUCAGUUAGCUUCCAUCCCACCUCGAUCCUGACUCUCGAGUUUUGUAAGUCCCAUAUUCUGUGUUCUGUAUUCUGCGGGCCGAGUGUCAGUCUCCCACCUCGCGUGCCGACGCAACCGACUUCACGAUUUUCUUCAAAUUACGCCGCCAUGGCUGAAGCGGUAGUUCAUCAUGACGGAGUGGAAGUGCGAUGCGUGCCGGAGAACAAGGCUCUCCCGCCGCCUCUGCUGGCGUCGUCGGAUCCCGUGGACGAGCAGCAGCUCGGUCUGCGAUGCCGGUUCACGCGCAGCACCGGCGAGACGGAGGAGUACCCGGCUUCGGUGAAGAAAACGGGAAGCGGCGCGGCGCAAUUCAGUUGCUGCUGUCCAUCUGAGGCCGUUCCGCGGACCGACUCGGAGGUGCGCGCGGCGCUGGUGUGGGGCGAGGAGGGCGAGUCGGAGGUGGCGUGCCGCGUGGUGGCGGCAUUGGAGGAGAAGAACGCGCCGGCCGUCAAAGAGCUCUCCGCUGCCGCUGUGUUCCGCAGCAUGUCGCUGCUGGACCGUUUCCUCGCCGUGUGGAUCCUGCUCGCCAUGAUCAUCGGCGUGCUGCUCGGCUACUACGUGCCCGCCAUCCGCGACGCGUGGGAGACCGUUUCCGUGGCCAACGUGUCGCUCCCCAUCGCCAUCGGCCUCUGGUGGAUGAUGUACCCCGUGCUCUGCAAGGUUCGGUUUGAGCUGCUGCCGAAGCUGUCCCGGUCCUGGGGCCUGCUGUUCCACAUCGGUGUCUCCCUCGCGAUCAACUGGGUGGCUGCUCCCCUGCUCAUGACAGGUCUGGCGUGGGCGACCCUCCCAGACCAGGCAGGGCUGCGUUCAGGCAUCAUUCUGGUGGGCAUUGCGCGCUGCAUCGCCAUGGUGCUCAUCUGGAACCACCUGGCGGGCGGCAAUGCGGAGUUCUGCGCCAUCCUCGUGGCCGUCAACUCCAUCCUGCAGGUGGCGCUCUACUCGCCCCUAGCUAUCUUCUACAUUGACGUGGUCUCCCAUGGUGGCUCCGUUGAUGUGUCCUUCUGGACGGUGGCCAAGAGCGUCCUCAUCUUCCUAGGCACGCCUCUCCUGGCAGCGGUCAUCACCCGCUUCACGCUGCGGGCGCUGUUCGGAGCCAAGUGGUACGACAACAAGUUCCUGCCGUGGUUUGGCCCCACGGCUCUCAUCGGGCUUCUCUUCACCAUCUUCGUCAUGUUCUCGCUGCAAGGCCAGAACAUCGGCAACAACAUUGGAAAGGUUGCUCGUGUGGCCGUGCCGCUCUUGAUCUACUUCGGCAUUGUCUUCUUUGGUGUGCUUGCCCUCUGCUGGCGCCUUGGAUUCGCCUACUGCGAUGCUGUCACCCAGUCGUUCACAGCAGGAAGCAACAACUUUGAGCUGGCUAUUGCCGUUGCAGUGGCGUCGUAUGGGAUCGGAUCGGAUGAGGCCUUAGCUGCGGUUGUGGGGCCGCUGAUUGAAGUGCCUGUGCUCAUUGGUCUUGUUUAUGUUACGCUCUGGAUCCGCCAGAAGCUGGAGUGGAAAAACACUGGUGCUGUUUUGGAUGCGGAUGAUUUCUUGGAUAAGGAGUGAGCAUGGGAGCUUUGUCUUGUAUGUAAGUGUGUUCUAAAUAUGGUAAUGUGUUCCUCUAAGAGUGCUUGCAUGUAUCU